UGAGAUUCAGUUCUCACUACUUACUGAACAGCCCUAUACACUUCGAUCUCAGCCAAUCUAGGUCUGCCCCUCUCAAGGCCUAUACCAACACCCCAAGCCAAACCCAUCCAGAAGAACAACCCAAUGCCCAUCAUCCCCUCCUUCAUCCUUUCUCUUAUCCCUUCAAACUCCAACUCCAACUCCCAAAACCAGAACCACUCCUCCUCAAGCCCAAGCUCAGACCAAGACUCAGACAUCAUACCAGCCGGCACUGUCACUAUCCAACAAACCUUUAACAACGGGCAACAGAUCCCCCCAACCAUCACCGAGCCUCUCAACAUGGUGGUGCCCAUCACCAAACUCAGCAUGAAACCCCUCAACGCAGAGCCCCCCAAAACGGAACCCUUCCCAUCUGUUGUUGUUGCCCAGCCGAUGGAGAUCACUUCGGCCCCUUCGGCCCCUGUCCCGGCUGCUAAUGCUAAUGGCACUGCCAAUGCUUCAACGGCGCCACCAGAAGCAGUGUCGACGGGUGCGGGGACGGGAACGGAGACGGAAAAGGGUGUGAAGAGGUCACAGUCCAAGAGACUUAGCAAGAACCCGGGCCCGGGCCCGGGCGCUAGCAAGAAGAAUACGCAGGCGUAUAAUGCUUUUUGGAGGAAGUUGAUUGGGAUUACGCCGAAGGGUGCGUGAUAAGGGGAAGGGGAAGGGGAAGGGUAGAUAGAGGUGGGGAGGGAAACGAUGGGGAGAGGGUUUGAGUACUUGUGCAAGUAGGCUAGGGUCGGUGGGAUAGGAUUUAGUCCGUUCGGUGUGUAUUUUAUUGUGCAAAGAGGGCUGGACUGGACUGGACUGGACUGGAGGUAGAGACGAGUGUGGUGAAAAGAUUUUUUGGCAGUAUGGCUGAUGUAUAACACCGAGUACAGGGAAAGAAAGAAGAGGAAAAUAGAGGAGGAGGCUUAAGGAUGGGGAGAUGUCGAAGAAGAGGCGGGGAAGUUGUGUACGAUCUAGAAUACUGUGUAGGGUCGGGUAAGCGUGGAUGGAUCAUGAACGGUUUCCUUGAUGGUUCUCUUGACGGUGACUAGAUAGAUGGUCGACGUCAUUGACUUCUUUCCAGUCAUUAUUUCCUGAGCAAUCGGGCUCGUUUCUCUAUACCUACGUAUGCAUAAACAGCAUUGCC